GCUGUGAAGGCGCUGCCUGCCGCUAGGGGUCGGGCGGCCGCAGGCGGCACCCAAUUGCUGGCUGUCGUUUCAACCCUUCCGGGCGGUUUGAAUCCCAACGUCUGGGCGAGCCUGACGCGACCUCUCCCCUCCCCGCAGCCGGAGCCUGCCCGUGACCCCUGACCCCGGCCCCGGCCCCCACCCCGACUGACUGCGGCCGGCAUGAAGAAGAAAGAGCCGGCUGGGACACCGCUGCGCAGGUCUUCCCGCCGCCGGCAGCAGGAGACGGCGGAGCUGCCGCCCACGAUGCCCCUGGAGCAGCCUAAAGCCGAUGGCCAGAGCUUCCCGCUCCCCCUUCAGCCCCGGGAGAGCAUCCGAGCCCACCGCCUGCCCCCGGUGCCCACCUGGGCCCCGCCAGCCAGCGACCCCCCUGCUCCGCUGGCCCCGGAGCCCCUGCCCACGCUGGCCCGGGAGCCGCCACUGCCGCAGCUCAAGGACAAGGAUACUCGCAGCGCUGUGAAGAGGGGCCUGUCCCAGAGGAGCAGUGGGCGGCGGGAGCCCUGCUUGCCACCCUACGUGAGGCUGGAGAGGCUACAGAUGCCUGCAGAGGAUGAGGGCAAGGCAGAGCCCGCUCCAGGUCCCGGCGACAGUGCCAAGGCUGCCCAGGAGCCACGCCCAGACUGGCAGGUGGUGCGAGAUGGAAGAGCCCGGCUGCGGGUGCUGGAGACAGCUUCGGCCCCGGCUCUGGCCCCAGCCCCGGAGGUCGCAGCUCCCCGGCGGCAAGGCGCUGUGACCAGCCACGUGCCCAGGGUGCAGGGCACAGCUCUCUGGCUGCCUGGGAGUGCAGCCAGCAAUGCUCCCAGGCCACCAGGUGCGGCAGAGAUGAGCUUGGCUGGGCGGCAGGUGCCUGGUGGGAUGCGGAGCAGCCCUGGAAAGUGCAGCCAGCGUUUCCUCUGCACCUGGUGCUGUCUCUUGGCCCUCCCAGUCCUGCUGGGUGUGGCCGGCUGGUACCUGUGGGAGCAAGGCAGCUCGGUCUUGGCCCUGGGGCUGGUGGGCCGGUGGCCACUGGUUCAGAGCUGGGGGGUCGAGCCCGAGGUGCCUUGCAGCCAGCAGUGCAGUGCCAUGCUCGUGGAAAGCCUCCCUGAGGGCCUGGACUACCCAUCUGGCAGCCCUCGGCCCCUUGCCGUGCACCAGGCCUGGAUGGACCUACUGGGCGGCGCCAACACUAGCGUGGACAUUGCUGCCUUCUACCUCACCCUGCGGGACUUGGACACGUCUAAGACGGAGACCUCUGCUUGGCAGGGCAGGGAGGUGUUUGAGCGGCUAUGGGACCUGCCAGCCCGCGGGGUGCAGCUGAAUGUGGCUGUGAACAGCCCCCAGGAGUCGAAUGCUGACACCCAGGACCUGGCCAGCAAAGGGGCUAACGUGAGCUCUGUGGAGAUGAAGCGGUUGACGGGCGGGGUGCUGCACUCCAAGUUCUGGGUGGUGGAUGACAAGCAUGUCUAUGUCGGGAGCGCCAACAUGGACUGGCGCUCGCUCACGCAGGUGAAGGAGCUGGGCGCUGUACUCUACAACUGCAGUUGUGUGGCCAGUGACCUGGGCCGCAUCUUCGGCACCUACCGGGCACUGGGAGGGCCAGGCACCCCCCUGCCUGCGGCCUGGCCCUCUGAGUUGGCUGCCCUGUCCAGCCUCCGCCGGCCCCUGAAAUUGCAGCUCAAUGGUGUCCCCACACAGCUGUUCCUCUCCAGCGCCCCACCGGCCCUGUGCUCUGCUGGCCGCACCCCUGACCUCGAGGCCAUCCUGGAGACCAUCGCGGAUGCCCAGGCUUUCAUCCAUGUUGCCGUGAUGGACUUUGUGCCCCAGUGCACCUUCUGCACUCCCAAGAGGUUCUGGCCAGUGCUGGAUGAGGCGCUGCGGGAGGCAGCCUGCGGCCGGGGGGUGCGCGUGCGGCUCCUGGCCAGCUGCUGGCCUCACUCUGACCGCGCCAUGUUCCCCUUCCUGGAGUCGCUGCUCAUCCUGCACCGGGAGCCCCUGGGCUGCCCCAUCGAGGUGAAACUCUUCGUUGUCCCGGCCACGGAGCAGCAGAAGCAAAUCCCCUUCGCCCGUGUCAACCACAACAAGUACAUGGUCACCGACCGCGUGGCCUACAUCGGCACCUCGAACUGGUCGGAGGAUUACUUCAUCAACACCGCAGGCGUGGGCCUGGUUGUGAAUCAGAGCACCGAGGAGCCGGGGACACCCGGGCCUUCCCUGCGGGAGCAGCUGGCCGCUGUGUUCAACCGGGACUGGGAAUCUCCCUACACGGAGCCGCUCAGCCUCAAGCCCCGCUGUGCUGCCAGGCACUGAGGGCAGCUCCCGCUGAGGGUGGGGGAAAGCCUGGGACCCCACCCUCCUCCCCUGGACUGCUUUGGACAGCUGGGGAUACCAGGUGGCUCCCACCCCCCACCUGGGGGGGCUGGGACCCUAUUAGCCAAAGAAGGGGCAGCAGUAGCUGCCUAGUGCCAGGCACCCCAUGGCUGCAGCUAUGGCCAGGGGGUCUCUGCACUGGAAUCUCAGGGUCUGAUGCCCUCUCCCUGCCUGGGGGGGGCGAGGGGUCUUGGGAGGGUUGUGCUCAGGGCAGCAGCAGGGGCAAUGGGCAUUGUUUGGGGGGUAGGUCAUGGGCUGGGGCAGGAAGAAUCGGGGCUAAUCAGGAGCAGGGCCUUGUGGCGGGAAGGCGGGACGGGGUGGGCAGGGGGCUGCUUUGCUGGAUUGCAUGGCAUUGUGGGGGCACGGCGCCUCUGCC